GUCGUGGUCGUAGUGGCCGUGGUGCUGAUGGUGGUGGUAGUGGUGGCGCCGCAGCGGCGGCCAUCUGAUCGCCCUGUGCCGAUCCACCGCUCCGUAGUUCGUAGUCCGCAGUCGGACCUCAGUGGCAGCUUCGCGAUUUUUGGUGCUCGUUGUGGGAGUGCGCGCGCGUGGGCUGGACCCGAAGUACGUGGAGGAGCUGCCACGCGGAGGAUGAUGAGUGGAGGACACUGCUGAGUCAGGCCGACCCUGGCCUCGAGGCUCCAUGCCCCGAGGAGGAUACUCGAUGGAAAACGCACAAUUAGGGAUGUCGCGGAACACGGGUCCCGGGCUGUACGAGUUCCUCAUGGAGGCGGAAUUACAGCAGUAUUAUCCAGGCAUCAGAGGUGACCUGAAGGUGCAGAAUACCGCGCAGCUAAAGUACGUAACCGAGGAGGACUUGUGUGGCAUCGGGAUGACAAAGCCCGAGAUGCGUCGUCUCAAGAAGUACUUUCAAAAGCACUUUCCUCAGAAUUAUCUUUCAAAAUUCAAAAAGAUGCUGCUGCCGCGCAAGGAGGAGCAAAUAUCGGGCAACCUGACGAUGCUGCCGGAGGAGAGGCAAGACCGACCGCCCAUACGAGUACCGAAUAAGCACAUGAUACCGGCGGAUGCGAUCAUCGUCAACAAGGAACUGGGAAUGGGAGAAUUCGGCGUAGUGCAGCAGGGCGUCUGGACGAACGAUGGCGAGCGGAUCCAGGUGGCGAUAAAGUGCCUGUCGCGCGAGCGUAUGCAGAACAAUCCGAUCGAGUUCCUCAAGGAGGCGGCGAUAAUGCACUCGAUCGACCACGAGCACAUAGUACGCCUCUACGGCGUCGUCCUCGACACGAAUUCGCUGAUGCUCGUGACGGAGCUCGCGCCCCUCCGCUCUCUCCUCGAGUGCCUGAAGGAGCCGAGCCUACGGGCAAGCUUCCCCGUGCCCUCGCUCUGCGACUUUUCCGUGCAGAUUGCCGACGGCAUGCAGUACCUCGAGGCCAAAAGACUGAUACACCGCGAUCUCGCAGCGCGCAACAUCCUCGUCUUCUCGAAGAACAAGGUGAAGAUAUCGGACUUUGGGCUCUCGAGGGCCCUUGGCGUCGGAAAAGAUUACUAUCAGACGAAUUUCAAUGUCAAUCUGAAGCUGCCGAUCGCCUGGUGCGCCCCCGAGUGCAUAUCCUAUCUCAAGUUUACCUCGGCCAGCGACGUUUGGGCCUACGGUGUGACCCUCUGGGAGAUGUUCAGCUACGGCUUCCAGCCGUGGGCGGCGUUAACCGGCCAUCAGAUCCUCGAGGAGAUCGACGAGCCGAACUUUCAGCGUCUGGAGCAGCCGGACUGCUGCCCCAAGGACUACUUUUCUCUCAUGCAGCAGUGUUGGCAACACGAGCCAACCAAGCGGCCCAAAUUCUCCGAGCUCAUCUGUCUCCUACCCGAUCUCAAGCCCGAGCAGGUUCAGGCGGUCCAGGACAACGCGGAGAUCGGCCAGCUGGCCUACCGCCAGGGCGACGUCAUAACCGUCCUCGACAAGGCCAUCAGUAACACGCUCUGGAAGGGAGUGCUAAACAACGGCAAGACCGGCUUCUUCAAUCCGGCGCACACGAUAGCUUACCUCGGCAGCAACCUGCCCAGCAAUAAACCCGGCGAGUUCACGAGGGGCGACGGCAAGAAUAUAUUCUCGUCUCAGAGGAGAAAGAUUCGCACAGACAUGAUUUCAUCACCCCAGGGAGAUUUGAAGCACACGGGCCACGUCGGUCUCGACGGCGCCUACUUCGGAGACAUAAGCUUCCUGGGCGGCAAAUACCCGCACCUGCCACGGCAGGUUGUUACCCCGUACAAGCCACACGAGGACGCGACCGACAACAAUUCUAGUCAGAUGACGAGUCAGGAGGUGAUGAUGAUGGGCUUGGACAGAGAUAGCAACAGGGAUUCGAUCAGGGACAGUCGGCAGAGUAUCCAGCAUCUGCAGCGCGACAUGCCAAGCAAACACGAUAGCUUAUGGUCGGACACAUGCUCGGAGAUCUCGCAGUUGGGCUCUGGCAACGCUUCCAACAAUAUGCCGUCCAGCAUGGUUAGCAGCACGGACAGCAGCACAAUUUGCGCCGAUCACGAGUAUCAUGAAAUCAGUGACGAGGAAAACCAAGACAGUCCACUGAGAUUUGACAAGCCACUGAGUUUCGAUUUUGGCCCGAGUCUUCUCGACGAGAUGGAUCAAAUGUUCCGGUCGCUAGGGUCAUCUCCACCACCGCCACCACAAGGCCAUCCAACGCCAACGGAACACGAGUCCAGCAAUGCGAGAAACGAGCUUCGAGAAAUUCAAGCAAAGCAAAGUUGCAAAAAAAAACAAGCGACCGUGAGUCCCAUAAAUGUGAAGCCAAUAUCGGCUGCUGAUCAGAAAACUCUCUACUCGGCGAUUGCAAUGGCGCAGGAAUUGACAGCGCGUUCCAUGACGGACCUCGAGCACCCGCAGGACACACACUCACCGCGAACUCCCGCGAGUCCGUCGCGUCGCCGGAAGUUCUCUUUUAAGUUGCCACAUCAACACAGUCCAAAACCCGACAGACGACACUUUUCCGAGGAAGCGGCCAGUAUACCUGAUAUCCAGAUACCAUCCCUUGCUACCGCCAACUAUCACAUUCGUACUCGUACCCCUAUGUCGGUGUUGCAUGCGCGAAAAUCCCCGGAAACGCAGUGGCUUUGCUCGAGCUUGCAAUCCCUCUCGUCAACGGUGUCCAGUAUCGAGUCCCUGGGUGCGCCCUCCACUUUAAAACUGCCACUCUGGGACAAGGCCUCGGCCGAGUUCUGUUUCGCCAAGUCCCGCGAGCUCCUUACCAAACCCACCGCCUGGACAUCCUAUGUCGACGUCGAAUUCGACGCCCGAAUCCUCGACAACGCCGCGACGAAGCAGCACCUCGUCAAGUCGAGCGAGUUCCUUGAGAACGGCAACGCGUACUGCAAGAGCAUAGCCAGCUGCUUGGAAUUCGAGUCGCCGACUCGCCAGCAGAACGGCAAGAGUAAUUUCGAAUUCCCAAAUGAAUCGAAGAGGGUGUCGACGAGCUACGUCGACAGGUACUUUGACGAGCAGCCGAAAUACGAGGAGCCGAGCGCCGACUGUCCCAUAGACAGCGACGAGCUAUCUUACGAGGAUGAGCAGAAGAUCAACGAGCUCGAGCAAUCCUGUCGCAACGCCUUCCUAGCCAAUUUACCGGAAUUUGGUAUAAUACUCGGCGAUGAGAGCAACCAUCGCAGUUCGUCCGACAGCAUGAAGACUAUAAGCGACAAUUCCCGCGGUAACUUGGACGCCGUGCGCAUCAACAUGCAAAACUUGAAAAAGUUUAACAAUCAAAAUGGCCACGAGAAGAACCAUUAUCCCUACGCGAUAUCCAACAAUCCGCUGUUCCUCGCCGAUAUCGAGAAGAGGGAUUCGCCACCCUACAGCAGCUCCGAGAGCCUGCGAGUCAACGUUCAGCGCAUGCGCAGAAAGUCUGACGUGGAAUUGAGCUGCAAGCAGCGGGAGCAGCAGCAGAUGCCGAGCAGCAAACUCUUGGCCGAGAAGUACCAGAGGGAGGUGUCCGGCCUGGAGAGUGUGAAAAAUUAUUUAGAAUCGAAGAAGAACCAGGCGGGAAUGAACCUCGGCUUCGGCAAGCUCACCCAGAACAUGAUUCAGCUCGGCAAGAGCAUCGCCCAAAAUACGCGAAGCGUCUCCAACGGUCCGCCCUUACAAAAGCCCAAUCACUUGGACCUGAGUAUGCCGUUGCAAAAGAGCUCGAGUCACAUGACGAGCAGCAGCAGCAGUCCUAGCAUGCACCAGAGAAUCUUGGAGCCGCCGAAGCCCUAUCAGAACGAGAGGAGAAUACUCGGGUUGGCCAAGGCCGAGAUAUUCGUGGAGAAGGUCCGGAUUGCCAAUGUACUACGGCCGAGGACGUCGUCGUUGUCGGAGAGCAAGCGGCCCUACGCGAAGAAUCAUCGGCGCUCGUUUCAUCCUGGCAACGACGACUCCAGCGAGGACUCCGACUCGAUCUCGCAUUCGGAAACGGACAUCCGCGGUCGACUGAGACUGAAAAGACGGCACAGGCGUAUGCCGCAUAACGUCCGCCUUGACUUUAAGAAUCAGAAGGCCGCCGCAGCCGCCGCAACCGCUGCCGCUGCCGCUACCUCGGCUCUCCUAACUCACAACAAGACGUUCCUCCAUCCCGAGUCGGCCAGGGGAUACUCGAGCUUCGAGCUGAGCGGCAAGUCGCCACCGCCCUCGACUAGCUUCCUCAACUCGCUAUCGCCACCCUUUUCCUCCAGGAGUAACAUCAUCACCUGGCCAGAAAGUGCCCCGAGCUCCAGCAUCACCUUCACUAGCAAUUCGGACUUGGACUCGGACAUGAGCUCGGAAUAUCCCGAAUUCAACAACGACAUUCUAACCUUCCCACCAUCUCCAGCCCCCUAG